UGAUUCAUCGACAAAAUUUUCUUUUUUUCUUUCUCGGUUCUUCUCUUCUUCUCUUCUUCUCUUCUUCUCUCUAGCCGCCAGAGACGAUUCGCUGGUUCCACAAUCUCUUCAACCUCUCUAAUUGGCAGCUUUUAAGCUAAAGGAAAUUAAAAACCCUCCGGCUAUUCCAAUUUGAGCUCCGACACACACAAAAAUGGCGACUCUUGUACGUCGCGCAGCCACUCGGUUAGUCGCAAAUUAUUGCAAAAACCGUUCUCCCGUUUACUCAUUUCUGGACCGGUCCGGUUAUGUCAGCCGGAAACAUCUGAUGCCGUCUUUUUCUCGGAAUAUUCCAUUCACAACAUCGACCAGAAACAGAAAGAGAGCUUGUCCAACGGAUCCGCUUCUUCGAAUCAUCGAAACGGAGAUUGGAUAUGCCGAGAGUGCUGAUGAUCACCAGCGAGUUGAAGAAACUCCAAGUGGUUUCCCUUUCAAAAUGGAAGACAAACCUGGAGGAAAGGUCGUGACAUUGAGUAGAGAAUAUGAAGGAGAGAGUGUUAAAGUUGAAGUACACAUGACCAAUCUUGUGACUGGUGACAAAGAAGAUGAUGAGGAUGAUGAGGAAGAGGCAGAGAAUGAAGAAGAUGAAGAUGAGGAUAAGCCAGAGAAGCCGAAGCAAUCCAAUGUGCCUCUCUUAGUAACUCUUUCCAAGAAGACAGGACCAAGUUUGGAAUUUAGAUGUACUGCUUUUCCAGACAGGAUUGCAAUCAAGGACAUGUGGGUUACAUUUCCUGAUGAUCCUUCCAAGGAUGAGCUUGCUUAUGAAGGCCCUUCCUUCAGGGUUUUGGAUGAGAAGCUGAGGAAGGCUUUCCAUAGGUACAUUGAGAUUAGAGGGAUAAAGCCGAGCAUGAUCAACUUCUUGCACGAGUAUAUGAUCAACAAAGAUAGUCGAGAGCACUUACUGUGGUUGAAAACUCUCAAGAACUUUGUCAAACCUUGAGAUAUAGAAAACACUUUUAUUUUCAAAUAAUGCUCUUUAUCUUCCAAAUUUUGUACUUGUAGCACUAUUGAGUUCUGUUUGGAUCUAUUCAUAUAAAAAAGAA